AUGUGCGCUGAAGAUACAGUUUUUUUAUAUGAAAUUUAUUUUGAAAAAAAAUUAAAUUUCCUUAAUAAUUCUUUGAAAAUAACCUUUACGGAAGAUAAAAAACGACAGGAUUUGUUGAUAAUUGAGUUAGGUAGUGUUAAGAAAAUAAAAAAAAUACAGCAAAAGUUGUUAUCUUUUGUUAUAUUAAAGAGUAUAAUUGAUAUAUAUUUAGCUUUAUCACAUUUUUUAGACAUUUUUUUCCUUGCUCGAAUACAUAUUAAAAACGAAGAUUUAAGGGAAAAAUCGGAUUUAUUUUGUGAAUUAGAGUAG